UUAGAGGCUAAAGGCUAAAAAGGAGAAUAUUAGGAAGAAUAGACGAAAUGGCCUAAUCUCAGAAUGGUUCAAACUAACAUUUUCUGGUUCACACAAUCCAAACAGUUGUCUGCGCGCAUAACGUUGAAGGGGAAAAAGUCAAUCGCCAGAAACUUUCCGGUCACUCCUUAUGCUGAUACAAACAGAUGACCAAUUUAAAGCCUGGUUUUCUCUGACGAUUUUUAUAUUUUUAAGUUUGCUGCUCAACCCAUAACGACACUAUCUGAGCCACUCAAGCUUAUUAAUACAAAUAACCUGUUCAUCAUAAAUCAUAAAAAAUCAUAAAAAUCUUAAAGUUGUUUCUCAAGAAAAUUUGUUUUUGAUUUAAUUUUGUGUCCAAUAUGGAUUUUAUGGAGACUGAUGACCAGCUUACAAUAGUUAAUCGAUCGAAAGAACAUGUAAUUAGUAAACAACUAAUUCGCAACGUACCUUAUUUUGAGAAGAUGUUGAGCCUGGAUUUGAAGGAAUCAAAGGAAAACGAAGUCGUGUUGGAUUUUGAUGAAAAGACUUUAAAAUCGUUUCUCAAUUGGCUUGAAUUGGGUGAUAUAUUCAUCGAGAUGGAUUAUGUAAUACAUCUGUACAACAUGCUGGACUAUUUCGGGAUAAAAGAUGAUUUGCUGCAAGAUUGUAUCAACUAUUUCAAUGAUAAUUUUAUAAUUGAACAUCUUCCUAUUGUUAUACCUCAAGUGACUCCAGUAUCUAAAUUGAUAAAUUCGAGUCACCUCAAUGCUUUCAUCUGUCGUUAUUUCUUGAAGAUAGCCGACACAUGUGUUUUUUCAAGUUAUCCUGUUGAAACAAUAGAGUACAUUUGUGCUUUGGAUCUGAUGAUUGAUUCAGAAAUUCAAGUUUUCGACGCGAUCAUGAGGUGGGGAAAUUGCCACGCUGAUUCGGCAAAGUACCAUCUUGAAAAAUUGUUAACGUUAGUUCGAUGGUGCUAUUUUAAAGAUAAAGAUUUAUCCAAAAUAGAGGAGAAGACCCAAUCUUUAAGUUUCCAUCCUUCAAAAUUAUGCUCUUCUAAAAAAUGUGAUUGCGAUCUCACCGGCAACCGAACCAAGCAAGAGCAUUUCAUUGGGAUUUACAAAAUGAAUGCUACAAGCUUGCGAAUCAUAGUAAAUGACAAUAAUUUUUAUCCAUUGAUGGAAAAAGUCAUCAAAUUAAACAAUAGUAUGACUAUUGACGUUUUUCCUGAUGAACAUGUUUCUGAUAUCUUUUUGGAUUCUGGUAAUCAAACAAUUCGAAUUGAUUGGAAACGCAAUGAAUAUCGUUUGCUGGAUGAAUCACAAUGCAAAACAUAUUGCAUUAAAAUUCUUAAUUGCAUUCAAGAGAGCAAUUGUAUAGCCCUUGGAUUUGUUCUUCCGGAUGAGAAAUGUCUAUAUAAAUUUCGUUGCUAUGGCCUUUGCCUUUUCGAAGCUAGUGAAAAGUUUGUGUUGAUUUGUGAUGAUUUUUCAUCUGUUGAAAGCUCGCCAGCAAGAGCUGAACUGGUUGCGAAAUAUUUUCAAACGGAUGGAGUGAACGAUUUCCGCGCAACUAUUUUAGACGAUAAUAUUUACUUACUGUCAGAAUCCGAUUUCAUAAAUUUGAAUAUUGAUACAAACAAGAAAUCAGUUAUCGGACUUGAAUGGUUUAACAAUAGACUGCGCUUCGAGAAUUGUCUUUUAACUUCUAGAAAAGCUAAUGAUGAUAGAGUUAUCUUGAUUGAUAAGUCCACAAAGGAUGCCUUUUCUUUCAACGUCAACACUUCGCAAUGGAGUUCAAUGGGUCGAUUCGGCAAUUGUAACCGUAAAUUUCCUGAUGUCCAAGAUUCAACUAAUAAGCUGUUGACUUUAACCUCGGCUUUCAUAUCUUUGGAUACUAUGAGGACUUGCUUUGCCCAUAAUGCGAAUUCGAAGAAAUAACAAUGUUUUACAUAAUUAUU